AGAGCCAUGGCAGGAGCUAUGGUGCGCAUUGGUGACCAGCUCAUCCUGGAAGAAGAUUACGAUGAGACGUACAUUCCCAGCGAGCAAGAAAUCCAGGACUUUGCACGGGAGAUCGGGAUUGACCCUGAGAAGGAGCCAGAGCUGAUAUGGCUGGCCAGGGAAGGCAUCGUGGCCCCGUUACCACCCGAGUGGAAGCCCUGCCAGGAUAUCACUGGUGAUAUCUACUACUUCAACUUUGCUAACGGCCAGUCCACGUGGGACCACCCCUGCGAUGAUCGCUACAGAGAGCUUGUCAUUCAGGAGCGAGAGAAGCUGCUGGCACGUGGCAGCUUGAAAAAGAAAGAGAAGAAGAAGAAGAAAGAAAAGAAAGAGAAGAAAGACAAGAAGGAGAAGCAGUCACUGAAGCGACCCACCGAGAGUCCCGAGCCAGAUCCAGAUAGCCAGAUUAGAGACAAAGGCAAAGGGAGACCGUCAGCCAUAAGUGACUCAAGGAGACUGUUUGCAGGCACGUGGCCAAACAAACUGCAUCCCCUGCUUGUUUCAAAGCUCAGCAGACCAUGCCAGACCUUACCUGAUGUGGAGAAAAUUUUAGAAAAGGGCCCCUCUUUUAGCAGCUUUGAUGUAGACAUCCACCAGGACCAAGACGCACCUUUAGAAAUGCGAGAAAAGCUUUUCAGAGAGAAAUCUACAGGACUGCAUGGACACGUGGAAAGAAGUCCAGGUAUACUGCAAGCCAGAGAAAAAGAAAGCUUUUACUGGAGGAACAAUGACGUGACUCUUUUUGAUGCCAGUCCCACAGAUGGCUGGAGUUUGCAGGAGACAGUUGGUGUUCCAUACGCUCAAGAAGAGCUGAGAUCCUACAGCCAGGUAUCUGAGAGUAGAAGUAAGAGAAGAGUUCGAGACGAGGCUUUGGGUCAAGCCAUCGGUCUAUACAAGAGUAACACGACCAUCAGCAGACCUGAGAGAAAAGGUUUAAAGCAGGUGGAGCCGAGGGAAGUAGGAGCAGAUAUAGAAGUAGACAGUAGCGAUGGUAUGCUAGAGAGCCACUCCACAAUCUCUCAAGACAUCACAGAUAUAUUACCCUGCUUCCAAGGAGUAGAUGCAAAGAGAGGAAUCAAUGUGGAUCUUCAUUCUGCAGUGCACCCUACAUCAAAACGUGUUUUUUCAUCAGCUGAAGAUGGCUGGAGAAACAACGAAGGAAGUGGUUUGAUAUCAGAGCACGAUAGCAGCGAUUCAGCCAGUUCUCCUAACGAUAGUGCACCCUGGGUGCUGGGAGUGAACCAUUGCUUCUCUCCACGCCACAAGUCUGGGAGACAGAAGGAUGUGCGCUCCAUUGGAGAAGAGCCUCUGCUGCCUCAUCCCCUCCUGGGGUCAUCCCUCGCUCAGACACUAAGUCCUGCCCAGGCGUCAGAGAGUGAGCGUAGCUCCGAGGGUACGAAAUCGUGCCACAGGUCUCAGGGAUGUGAGAAGGGGCCCAGCCCAGCACCUGAACACUUUAGUCUUGUGGUGGAUUUUUUAGGAAAACACACUGCCCAGAAGUCUAAUGGUGCUGGAGUACAAAGAGAAGUGAAGAGAGGAAAUGGAAGGACAGAUCAAGCUCUUGGAGCGUGGGGAGAGAAAGUCGCAGCAGACUGGCAGGUUGCGUGCCAGGGGAGCGACUGUCUCCGUCAGCACAGGAAAGUGGAGAUGACCCAAACCAGAGAAACUGCAGGGAGUUACAGCAAAAUAGAGGUUGGUGAAGGAGCAGGCGGGAAUGAGUCCUCAGGCACCCUGCUAGCACCCGUCCAGGCGCCCCUGGGGAACCUCGCUCCGCUGCGUGGCCUUGCGGCGUCUCCGGCCAGCAUCCUUCGCGGGUCGCUGACCUCGGACGCGGGGAGCUCGGUGGACUCCAGCCUCGUGGCCAGAGGAGGAACACAGAGCCUCCAUGGGACAGCAAGAAUGUUCAAGAACCUGCACAUGGAUGUCAGCGCCCUGGGAGGCAGCUUUGACUCGGAGGAGAACAGCAAAGCAGAGGAGGAAAACUGUGGCAGCCGCUUAGCUGAUGGCGCUGAAGCUGGUCUCCAGCACCAAAGGAGUCCCGCAGAGGAAGCUGGCAGCCUGAGAGAGAAGGAGUCUUUAAAAUCAAGACACGCUGAAGAAGGGCGAGAGUCUUCCUUGGAUUCUGACGCAGCGUGCCCUCCGACUCCAGUUCAAGUCCUUCCUGGAGAUGCUGACAGUAGCCUGUCUGGCCAGAACAAGGAGUCCGAUGGGAAACUCAGUGGGAAUGAACCACUGGGCAAGCAAGAUGCUGAGGUGGAAGGUGACAUCUCUGCAGCUGACGAGCUGCCACAGUCUCUGGGGGAAAGGAGCGCAGCAGGGACAGAUGUGCCCAGCGGUCCUGGGCAACCUGGAGUUGCAUCUCCAGCUGCUGAAGCUGCUGAGGCAGAUCAUCUGGCAAGCCUGGCUGCCACCGUCGACACCGUGUCUGUUGGUGAAAAGAUAGUGAAUGAAAUCAGGGAAGAAGCAGCAGCUGAUCUGAAAACAGACAGCAGGCUGGAUGCUGGCAAACUAUCGAAGGCAUCCGAGACCAGCGACUGUGGGGAGGACUUGCAAGUUUCUAACCGCUCAGACCGUGAGCUGAUUCAGCCUAUGGACUUCGGCUUCCAGAGUCGGCUUUCUGAGCAGGUACUGGACGUGGGGAUUCUGUCUCCCGCAUUGGACAGCCCCACGUGCAAGGCCCAGGAGCUGGGAGAAGAGGAAAAAGACCAAAGCAAAGCCAGUAUAGAGGAAGAGCAAAGCCAAAGAACAAAAGCUGCUGAGAGUGAGAGGGAUCAAAGUGGUUGUGAAACACCAGAAGAGAAGUGUUUUGCUUUAGAAAAUCCCAAUCAGGAGGAGGCCGUGGCCCAGGAGCCGGAGGAGGGAUCGCUGGAUAGCCUAAUCAAUCUGGAGGAGCUUGCUGCCCCGCGGAAAGCGCAACCUGAGAAGGAAAUUGAGCACGAGCAGUCCUUGAACCAGCCUAGUGAAGAAUCCCUGGAGGGAAUAGCCAAGGAGCUGGAGCUGGAGCUUGAGCAAGAGAAAAUGCAUUUAUUACAAGCAAAGAAGGAGAAAAUUCAGCAGUUCCAGGAGGAGAUGAGGCAGCAGGAGGAGGAGGAAGCGCAGAAGCUUCAUCAGCAAAAGGAAAAAUCCCUCAGGUCUCUAAAAGAAGAUUUGGCAAAGGUUUCUGAGGAGGAAGAGUUGCGUGUCAGAAAGGAAGAAACUGAGAGACUCUCAAAGCUGCGAGCCAAAAUCACCUCGGAGACCGAGGCCGAGAAGGAGAAGAUAAGGGCAGAGCAAGAGGUCGCACUGCAGAAACUAAGAGAAGAGUGGGAAUCCCAGCAGGCAAUGGAGAAGGAGAGCCUGGAGAGGAAGCAGCAGCUUGUUUUGCAGAAAAUGAAGCUGGAAAUGGAGGAAGCUCAGCAGAAAGAGAUGAUUCGUCUGGAACAAGAGAAGGAACAAUUCCUGAGUGAGCUCAAGGAGAGGUUAGACAGGGAAAAGAAGGAGGCAGCAGAAGAGCUAGAGAAAGAGUUUACAACUGAACUCCAGCAGCUGAAGUCUGCAGCAGAAGAGAAGCACCAUAAGGUCAUUUCCAGCCUGCAAACCCAGAUAGCAGAGGCACAGAGGAGCGAGGAGGCUCGGCUGCGCGACGACUUGCAGAGAGCAGAACAGAAAGUGCAGCAAAAAGCCUAUCGAGUAACAGAAUAUGAAUGCGAGCUCAGCGAGCUUAUGAGAGAGAAACGCCAAGAAGUGGAAAAAGACCACGAGAGGAAGAUGGAGAGGAUGAAAGAGGAGCACCAGGAGGCCCUAGCACGGAUUCAGGAUCAGUAUGAGGAGGAGGAGAGAAAGCAAAGAGCCGAGCUGUUUGAAGGCCUGCGGAGUGAGAUGGUGCGCCUCCGACAGCUUCAUGAAGCGGAGGUGAAAGCUCUGCAGGCAGAGCUGGAUGAGCGGCUUACUGCAUUGCAGCACAGGCACAGGGAGAAGGAAAGAAAACUCCAGGAUUCGGAAAACGAGCUUGAAACGCGUGCGAAGAAUGUCAAAGCCAGAUCGGUGCAGCUCCUUAGCCAGGAGGAGUCUCUGAGAAAGAAAAGGCAGCAGCUGCUGGAUGAAGACAGACGGACCGAGCUAGAAAGAGACGAAGCUGCUUUAGCUUCUCAAGUCCGCCUAGAGGAGAGUAGGAAGGAGCAUACCAGCCUCCUUGAGUCCAUCCGGCAGCUGCGUAGGUCUCUUGAAGAGCUCCAGGACCAGAAAGCUGAGCUGGAGGCCCAGGUGGACUUGUUGCAGACCCGAAGCCAGAGGCUGCAGAAGCACAUCAGUGAGCUGGAGGCAGCUGUCAGGAGCAAACAGGAGACUUUGAAAGAACUGGAGGCAGAAGAAAGUGUGGAAUGUCCAAGAAAGAAAGCUGAACUCCAUGUUGAAGACCUGAGAGAAACUAUUCAAGCUCACUCGUCCCGAGAGCCUGCUUCCCCACCCUCUCAAAGCCAUGAGGACAGCGACUUCCAAUUUGAUCAUGUCAGGAGCUACAUCUCUGCGGAAGGGAUCUCCAUCAGGAAUGCCAAGGAGUUCCUGGUGCGCCAGACCCGCUCCAUGAGGAAGAGGCACACGGCACUGAAAGCUGCAAAGCAGCAGUGGCGCCAAGAUAUGCAGAAAGCACAGGAGGUGGUGCAGGACCCCGACAGCUCCCAGCUCCUGGAGGGUGUGCGCAAGAACCUGGAGGAGGAAGCAAAGCAGUUGGACAAGAUGAAGUCGGCUAUGCGGAAAGGACAGGUGCUGCUGAAAAAGAAAGAAGAGAAACUAAGCCAGCUGGAGUCCUCGCUGCUGGAGGAGCUUUCAGAUGAAGAUACGCUGAAGAGUGCUGCAUGCAAGAAGAUGGUGACUUUUGAUCUCAGCAACUCUGAGGACACAAACAGCACAUCCAGUGUAAAUCUACAUCAGCCUAAAUUUGAUUUGAGAACCGAUUUACGGCCUGCCCCCCAGCUGGACAAGAUCCAGUACUUGACAGACUCCCUGCAGCGUAUCACUAGUGAACUGAAUGGGGUCCUCGGCGUCUUGGGCUCUCUGAACAAUCGCCAGUCUCCACUCUUCACCUCGACGCCCUGCGAUGGCGUCCCUCUUUCUACGUAUGCCUCCUUGGCAGGACUUCAGGCAGGUGGCUCCCUUCUGCCCCCCGCCGGGGUGUCUCUGGUGGACCCGUGGGCCUGGAGCACUGGGCUGAGCUCUAGCCGCUCUUUCGCAGCUGGACAGUCAGUGGACAGCAUCCUGGCAGAGAAGUGGCGCAAGUAUUUCCCAGGUGGGUUCCCGUUGCUCAGUGGAAGCUCCAAGCCUCUGGACAGCAAGCUGGGAUACGUACCUGCAGAUGAGCAAAUACGGCUGUUGCAGCACUCCCAGUUCCAGAGCCGCGAGUCAGACAAGAUGAGUAUUCAAGGAAUGAUUGAGACCAACAAGAAAUGGCUAGAAGACUUCAAGAGGGACUCAAAAGUACCUCUCUUCCCAGGUGCGCAGAAGCCGCCUGCCAGCAGCCCCAGCCUGCUCCAGCUAGGACUGGACGAAAACAGACAAAUUAAAGUGUACCAUUACUGAAAGAUGGGACUUGGCUCCGGAGAGACGGUGGCUGGGGCCCGUGCGGUCUUCCUAACGAUACGAUAUGUUGGGUUUCAGUGACGCCUAGCCACCUCCGCUGUGUCUUUGUGCUGUGCCCUUGAAAUAAAGUCUCUUUACAAGAGAGCGGAGGCAGGAGGAAGUGAACUUCCCAGGUGGAUUCUUCUAAUCCUGUAAAGUGUCCAAAUAUACUUUAUAGACUGUUUAAUCCAGUGGUGAAAUAUCAGGGCUUCAAUAAAUCAACAGUUCUCUCAUCAGUA